AUGUUCAAGUCAUUCGGCAAGAUGAUGGGCGGAUCGUCCCGGAAGGGCAAAUCCAAGCUCCAAGACGGCGACGACAGUGCCGAAGUACCAAGCGGCCUCUCCGGCUCCGACUCGUCCAACCUCGUUCGCGCAAAGAGCAAAGAAUCGCUCUCCACCUUCGAGAACGGCUCUGGCAACGGUGCCAACAACGGCUCCUCCCUCCCCGCCAAAAUCGAGAAGCGAGGCGGCGUAAGCAGGCACGAGUCGCCCUUACCCUCUCCGUCCCCCUCGUCACGCAACGUGAUCGCAGACGGCAACAGCGAGGUCGGAAGCCCGGCUGUUCCCCGGUCAGCAAAUGCGUCCGAAGCUGCAGGCUCCUACACUGGCAACGACGCUGGCACAUCGGCCCCCACAGCUGCCACUAUUCUCUCCAAUCCACUCGCAUCCGGUGGCGCAGGCUUCCCUGGCUCCGCCGGCAAAGGCCCGCAAGCCGCUGCAGGUGCCGGCGACCAGGUGCGCACCUUUGACAUCGACGACAUGAUCUCGCGUCUCCUCGAAGCCGGCUACUCGGGCAAGAUCCCAAAACCAGCGCUGAAAAACGCCGAGAUCACGGCCGUAUGCCAAGCCGCACGCGAGAUCUUCCUCUCGCAACCUACGCUGAUCGAGCUCAGUCCACCCGUCAAGAUUGUCGGCGACACGCACGGCCAGUACCACGACCUGCUGCGGUUGUUCGAGAUGUGCGGCUUCCCGCCCUCGGCCAAUUACCUCUUCCUCGGCGACUACGUCGAUCGCGGCAAGCAGUCGCUCGAAACCAUCCUGCUGCUUCUUUGCUACAAGAUCAAGUAUCCCGAAAACUUCUUCCUGCUGCGGGGCAAUCACGAGUGUGCCAACGUCACCCGAGUCUAUGGCUUCUACGACGAGUGCAAGCGUCGCGUCAACAUCAAGAUCUGGAAGACGUUCAUUGACGUGUUCAACACGCUACCCAUUGCGGCGGUUGUUGCAUCGAAGAUCUUCUGCGUGCACGGUGGGUUGUCGCCGUCGUUGUCGAACAUGGAUGACAUUCGACGGAUUGAGCGACCGACGGACGUCCCCGACUAUGGACUUCUCAACGACCUGCUCUGGUCCGAUCCGUCCGACACCGCGUUGGAUUGGGAGGACAACGAGCGCGGUGUAUCCUACUGUUUCGGUAAAGCCGUCAUUCAGCAGUUCCUCGCGCAGUACGAUUUCGACCUCAUCUGCCGCGCCCACAUGGUUGUCGAAGACGGCUACGAGUUCUGGAACGAACGUACGCUGGUGACCAUCUUUUCGGCGCCCAACUACUGUGGGGAGUUUGACAACUUUGGGGCGGUGAUGAGCGUCAGCGAGGAUCUGCUGUGUGCGUUCGAGUUGCUCAAGCCCCUGGACGGCGCGGCGCUCAAGAAGGAGAUGGCAAAGAACAAGAGGAGGAGUCUCAGCCAGCAUCAGAGCCCCCCUGCGAGAGGCGGGUCCCAACAGUCGUUCUAG